CCAACUCAUCCGAAUGUCGUGUCGAACGCUACCGCGUUGCAAGUAGAUUUUCUCUCGGUGUUUACACGGUGCACAAUAAAACAUAAGAAUUCUUUGAUAGAUUGUUUGUUUUAGUUGUGCAGCGCUAUUGGAAAGUGAAAAAAUCUUACCAGCCCGUACCAGGCCAAUAUGACGACCACGCAAGGAUCAGGAUCGCUAGACAAUCUACACCUGGCGCCGCUUCGUUCGCUAAGUGACUUUCUGCUGGAAUCGGCUCGCUUUCAGCUACCCAAUUUCCAGGAUUGGGAAAAGUGGGGUAAUAGGGUUGUGAAUAAUCUCCUUUACUACCAAACCAACUACUUUCUGGCGAGUGCUGCCAUUUUUCUACUGGUUGGGUUGAUUCACCCAAUGAAGGUCCUGCUGGGCCUGACGAUCAUCGUGGCGCUUGUUUAUGUGUUUGUUCGAUUCUUCGCCCAGGAUGCGCGACGUUCUGUCGGGGCAGAUCCGAAUCAGCAACCGAACAAGUGGGCAGUUCUAGCUGGCACCAUUGCAGGCAGCUAUCUGGUGCUUUAUUUGUUCGAUUCUGUGUUGAUUGUGGCGUUCGCGAUACUACUUCCAUUUUCACUGACGUUUGUGCACGCAUCCAUGCGGUUGAGGAACAUCAAGAAUAAAAUCACUAACGCCGUUGAAAUUGUUGGCGUUAAACAGUCGCCGAUGGGCCAGUUUUUGGAAGCGAUGGGCUUAAUGCCAACGGCAUUUUAAAAAUGACUAACAGAGAGUAAUUUACGGAAAUGAACACGAUUAGUCGAUGGUUAUUUUAUUUGCUCUGCAUUAGGACCUCAAUGCAUGCUUAAAUUGUGUAUGCGUGUCCUUUUAAUUUUCAUCAACAUGCUUGAGAGAAAGACCGAGGCGGGUGGCCAAGUUAAGGCGAUUGUUGCUUUAUUUAUUGUGAGAUUUUAAAUAACUUAUAAACCAGGCCAUAGAGAAAAAGAAUUACAAAACAAAGAAAAUUUCUUACGUCCCAAUGUACAGCUGCUAGUCAAAACAUGGAUUGAUAUUCCUCUUUCGCUCUAAAUAAAAAAAAAUAGAACAACUAGA